AAAUGGAUGCACGGAAUAGAAAUUAAUUAAUUUUCUAGCGAAUUCAAAACCACUCUCAAACCGUCCAAGGUUGCUGGUCCAGUUCCUUUGCUUCCUCUUCCUUUUUUUUCAUUCCUUAUUUCUGCUCACUGAUGUUGAUGUUGCGUUUCAUGUGGGAAUUUGUGUUGUUUACCGGAAGGAGCUGUUCGGCUGGGCGAUGAUGUUUGGAAUUUUUGCCUGUUCAUUGUUUGUUCACAUUUGGGACAGAUUGGGUUGCACUUUUUUUGUAAACUACGUCGAAGGUCUCCCUGAAAAUUUUGGAGGUAAAUAAAGCCUAACCUUAAAUCAUUCUAUCCGUCGAAGUGAUCCUCGGUUCGAACACAGCUCCGUGCGUUGAGAUUUGAUCCGAAAGCUCUCCUAUUCGCCAACACUUAUGGAGGUGCCUCACGUAUAAAAAGACUCAUGCGGAAAGACAAAACUAACUCCUGAGAAAAGAACAACAACCGACAGCAGGUGAGAUGCCUGCAGCCUCUCAACGAAAAUCCGCGAGAGCGCCACCGAAACGCAACGGCUCAUUCACGGUACAUACUUAUGGUGGUGCACCAUCGCGGCGGGCUUCAUUUGGGCUCGAGCCGUUGCCCGGAGAGCAGUGUUUGGAGUUUGUUCCACAAAAUCCCCUUUGAUCCUCCCAAACGAUCCGGAGUCUGGAGGCUUGCACCGGACCGAUCACCAGUGGAUAUAGUGUGUGCGUGUGUCUGCGCACAGAUGUGAGCCUCUCGGUGUGUGUACGUGCCAGUGUAGGAAGAAGAAAAAACAGAAACGGGACUCUUGACUGCGAUCCCAUACGCAGUUUGUGCUCACGCAGAAAGUGAAGUAGUGCAGCAAAACAAAACAUCAGCAAAGCAAAGGGAACGAUUGAGGGGCUAAACUAAAACGAACGGGACUUGGCUGAGAUACAUCCCGGUGCUUCUGUCCCGUGGCUGUCGGACAGCUGGAAUGGACGGAAACUAAAGUUUGAAAAGUGAAGCUUCGCUACUGAGAAUUGUUAAAAGUGAACUGUUUGCCAGUUAGGAGGAUCUUCCUCGAAGGUCCACGGGGUACACGUGUGUAAAGAGUUUUAUGGGGAAGUGUGGCGUGCAUUCACGAAACUGGUCUAAGACAACCUGUGGUUCCAGGGCAGAACAACCGUUAGCAAAACCAGGAGGAAUAAAAUGUUGCCAACAAGCAGCAUCAGCGUCCGGCCGCGAUCGAGAGUGAUCGGGUACUUCGCUGGAAUACUUUUGAUUUGUUUCCUAACAACACAUACUAGCGCACUGCAGGGAUACUAUGGCACAAAGAUCGCUGAUCUUACCGAGCUGCACCAUGGUGUCUCCGGUUCGGUUUAUGCUGUCGAUGCAAGAACGCUUUUUCUGAAGAACUUCAACUACGACGGUGAAGGUCCCGCUGCCUAUUUCUACGUUGGCAAUACUCGGGCCCCUAGCAAUAAGGGCGCCCAUCGUUUGCGCGACGAGCGGGGCCGUGCCGGUGUGUUGCGGCGAUAUCGUAACGAGGACAUUACGCUGUCGCUGCCAGAGGGCAAGACGCUGCGCGACAUUCGCUGGUUCUCCGUGUGGUGUGAUGACUUUUCGGUCAACUUUGGCGAUGUGCAGAUACGGAACGAUCUCGACUUUCCGCGCCCGACCAAAAUCGCGGGCCUGAGCGGUGUGCAUGAUGUUACCUCGGACAAUAUCGUGAUCGUCGACGCUCAAACGCUGCUCGUACCCAACUUUAGUUACGAUGGUGAAGCACCUGAUGCAAAGUUUUGGGUUGGACGUGGACCGGCACCUACCUCGCAAGGUAUUCGCAUCCCGGACGAGAAUGGCAAGGAAACUCCACUGCGCCGUUACGACAAGAAAACGAUCGUCCUUACCCUGCCGGGUGAUCUGACCGUGUUCGAUAUCGGUCAUUUUGGUGUAUGGUGUGAGGCGUUUACCGUCGAUUUCGGACAUGUGCGCAUCCCGGACCAGAUCAAUGUGCCACCGUCGCUGAAGAUGCUUGGCAUUAGCCCGCAGUCGAAACUGAACUGUGAAGUCCUUCUCGACGAGUUAGCUUUUGAGGUUCGAUGGGCAGUGGCCGGAGAAAGUGUCGUUGUACAGUUGGUAGCGAAAUUAGAUGAUGGCGAGUACAUGUCGUUUGGCGUUUCACCGAACCCGCAACAGAGCCAGAUGGUGGGUGCCGAUGUAGCAGUCGUCUGGGUGGAUAAGGCCACUGGCAAGGGUUAUGCGCAAGAUUACUAUUUGGAUGCCAAAUCGCAAUGCUCGGGUGGUCGAGGCAGUUGUCCCGACACGCGCAUUACCGAGAAUAGCAAUUCCAUCCGUUUGCUUAAUGCGGCUAUGGUUAACGGGUACUCGAUCGUAACGUACCAACGUCCACUACGUGCAUCAGAUCAUCUCGAUCUGCCGGUUUAUACUAAUGCAUCCCAGGCAAUCAUCUGGGCAGUUGGUCCACUGAAUCAGCGCUACGAAGUGUCGUACCAUUCGCACUAUCUGAAGGGCAACAAGCUGGUCGAUUUCGGUCGCCAACCGUUCUGGAACUGUCCGACACCGGAAUCGGAUCAGAAGCAACCGGAACAGCCACAGAAACUCUCAUCAUCGUCGUCCAGCUAUGGAGGUGGCAAUCGUCGGGAGGAUGUGGGCAAUAGCGUGCAACAGCAGCGACCUCAGCAUCCGGCGACGGCACGUCCACCGGCAAAACCAGGAGCAUGGGACAUUCCACCGAUCCAGUGUGAUGAACCGGAGGAUGGUGUGUUCUACGCACAGUUGGGACCAACUGGUGGCAAACAGGGAUAUCCAGCAAUUACAGGACACGUCGGAUGGGGUAUUUCUUGGUACAUUAAUGGAUUGCUGAUUCCCGAGAUAAAUGUAGUGCGCGGCAAGACUUACACGUUCGUGGUGGAAGGUGGACUGGACCCUAACGUUCCUGCAAAAUAUCAUCCUUUCUACAUUACUGACGAUUCCGUUGGAGGAUAUGAAAAUCAACCGGAAGAGGAUCGUAAGAAUGUUCGCAUUUUUGCCGGAGUACAUCGCAGUCGUAGCGGAAAGCUAGUUCCAACGGGUAUUGGACGCAUCUGUAACUGGACACCGAAUUCGGAUGGUCCGCCGGCAGAUGAAUAUCCUUCCUUUGGUGCGUACCAGCGUAGUCUAUCGCUCAAGUGUGAUGUAGGUGAGCCGGGUAUCAUCACCUGGACACCGGACGCAGACACACCCGACACCGUGUACUAUCAGUGCUUCACGCAUCGUUAUCUUGGUUGGCGCAUUAACGUGCACGAUUCUUGUGAUGUAGCGCAGCCAAGCGAGCUGGAUGAGGUUUAUGUAGAACCGAAUGAAGGUAUCUCGGUAGAGGAAUCGAUACGCCAUGAAUCGAAGGUCCUACCGGCAGAUAAUUUCCUGCAGCAGCAUGAGAAUUUCCUGCAAAAACAUGAGCUAGAUCUGAUCAAGCACCACAAGAUGACGCCGGACACGAAGAAGGAACAGUCGUUCGAUAUCAACCUGGAGGAAAACCCCGAGAUGACACGCAUUAUUGAGGAUGGCAUUCGGGCGGCUGAAGAAUUGGAAGAGAAGCUACGUGCGAACCAGACUGUGGAGAGCGUUAAUCAAACUGUACCACAUCAGCACCAUCUGGGUCAUCCGGGUUUCUUACCUGGUCCACCUGGCCAUCGUCAUCCACCACCCCCAGGGUAUCCGGGAUCCUCAAAACCGAUUCUAUCUUCGUCCGGUUUACCGGUGUACCUACGCCCUCCGAACAGUGGUCCAAUGUUUCGGCCGGUGAAAUUACCCGUUCGCCGUCCGAUCGGUAUGGAACGUCGUCCAGUGCAUGGCAGCAGACCAACGCGACCAUUCGUCAUCCCGCAGCCAUCGAUGAUUGUGAGUCACUAUCAGAAACCGGUCGCCCCAUUGAUGCGUCCAUUUGUGACGAAGGGCAAAAUGCCGAUCAAGGCGAUCGCUCCGAUUCUGUUGCUGGGUGAGCCUACCGAGAUUAAACCAUUCCGCAAAGGGCCGUCGGUGGAGAUGAUGGUGGCGAAACCCCCCAAGCAGAUUAGUGGCGGUGAGCAGCGACCGGGUAGCUCACCUGGCGGUCCACCCUUUGCACUACCCGAAAUGCCACCGCAUCUGACGAUGAGUUUGAAGAAGAACGAACCGGUGCCGAUUACGUUACCGAUCCGUCAUACGAAACCGGUGAAGGAAUCACUGAAGCCGAACAUCAAACCAAUCUUCAAGACGCCGUAUGAUGUGUCGGAACCGAAGGUGUCGUACGAGGGACACGCCGCUAAUCAUGGUUUUGAGCCGAGUUCGGUCGUUGUGGAGAGUGGCUUUAAGCCGAUCUAUCGCCGAAAGGAUGACUUCGAUCUCGAGUUUGAGGAUAACCGUGCGCAUGGCUUCUUGCGACGACAGGACGAUGAUAUCGAUGAAGCGAUCGAGAGCGAUGCACUGAUGAUCCACGGCCAGGAUGAACCGUCGAAGCAAACGUUCGAACCGAUGUUUAUUCCAUCGCCAUUGGACAGUAUGGCGAUGGCACAUGUGAAACCUUCUGCCGGUCCUGCUCGCGAGUCGGCCACGAAGCGUAAUGUCGAAAUCUUACCAGACGAAACGGCCGAUGUGGUGGGCGAAGGACAAGAUACGCUGGGUGCGGCAAACGAUCGAGUCGAUCCGUUCUAUCUACCUCCAAUUGGUUCCGAUGGCUCAGUUGUUUCGUUCGAUGGUAAAGCGGUACUGGACAUGUCGCUAGUGAACGGUCCCUCAGCUGCUUCGCAGCAAAGUGAACCACUACCACCGGUUGGUCCGAGCUCGAAAACGGAACAGUUACUGCGCGACACGCCUCAGUUUGGUCCGUUCCGUGGUGAGUAUCCGCCGAUAGCGGCAUAUCUCGCACCAGACACUGCCGCCAUCUAUGGGACGCGUGGUUCGAAUGCUGUCCAGCCACCGGUAUCGGAAUAUGCGAACCCUCUGCUACCGGGAGGUAUUAAUGCGCAGGAUAGUGCCAGCAGUGAACAUCAGUCCGGUGUGGUAGGUAAACCUAUCUCGACUAAGCUAUCGAUAGUGAAGCCCGUUGCAAGCUCACAGGAAGAUCCGAUCCCGUACGAGGAAACCGAAUCGGAAGCUGGUCGAACACGGAGCAAACGGUCGGCACAUCAUCAUCCGGAUCAUCAUGGCGACAGCCACGAUGAUGGCUGGCAACCGAUGGCAGGUGGUGGAAUGGCCGUUGUAAGCAGCUGGAGCCAAGUCAUCGUUGGACUUUUGUUCACGGCAUGGCCUACGAUCGUGCUUCGACGAGCGGUGUUGUUGUAGAUGGUUGGUUAACAUUGCCCGGCAAGUUACGCACGGGAUGCAGUAUUAGGGGAUAACAAUGUGGAGUUCGUUCGAGGGGCACGUGAAGAUAGAAUUAGCAUUUUAUUUAAAUAGAAACCCAAAACAUACGCACGUACAUUAGAGUUACAAACCAGCCCCUUUGAAGGAGUUGAGAGGGAUGUUAAGGAAAGAAUUACUUCAGAAGAAGUAGGAGAAAAAUAGAACAAGUUGGAAGAUAAAAUAAAAACGAUAGAUACGAUAAUCAUAGCAGAGAAAGAUUUAUAUGUAUCCGGAUUGUGAGAGGCACUCAAUAACGCUAACGCGGUAACGCUCUCAAAAUCUGAUCGUUGUGGGUUGUAAAUAAAGUUGAAAAUUGUCUGAAAAAAA